UUUCUUCCUCUCCAUCCCCCAUCCUGACCCUCACCCUCACCCAUCCCGCCUAACUCCGGACCCCCGCCAUGAACAUCAUUAAGAUCCAGAGGAAAUAUCCUCAAUUCCAACAGGCCGAGAUCUUCGGCCUCCAGGAUGCCUUCCGCAAACUCGACGUCGACGACAAGGGGUACCUCGACGAGGCAACCGUCAUAAAGGCAACGCAACAGACCGAACACCAACCGUACGAUGUGGUCCGCCAGGCGCUCAAGGAGGUCGAAUUGGACAGCUCACGGCGCGUCGAGCUCGAGGACUACGUCGACCUCAUCUCCAAGCUCCGCGAGUCGUCGCCGGCGCAGCAGCGCAUGCACACAGGGCCGACGCGCGCGAGGGCGGGGACGGGCCCGGGCAGCGCACCCGCGACUCCAGGCCACGCCCGCGGGCCCAGCACCGGCGGCGGCGGCAAGAUCCACGUCCAGGGCUCCUCUGCCAACGUAACGCACACGAUCAACGAGGAUGAGCGCACCGAGUUCACGAGGCACAUCAACGCCGUGCUGGCGGGCGACCCGGACAUCGGCGACCGACUGCCCUUCCCCACGGAUACGUUCGAGAUGUUCGACGAGUGCAAGGACGGCCUCGUGCUGGCCAAGCUCAUCAACGACAGCGUGCCGGACACCAUCGACGAGCGUGUCCUGAACAGGGUGGGCAAGAAGAUCAAGACGCUGAACGCCUUCCACAUGACGGAGAACAACAACAUCGUGAUCGAGUCCGCCAAGGGCAUCGGCUGCUCCGUCGUGAACAUUGGCUCCGGAGACAUCAUCGAGGUGCGCGAGCAUCUGAUCCUCGGCCUGAUCUGGCAGAUCAUCCGCCGCGGUCUGCUCGGAAAGAUCGACAUCAAGCUGCAUCCUGAGCUGUACAGGCUGCUGGACGAGGACGAGACGCUCGAGCAGUUCCUCCGCUUGCCCCCGGAGCAGAUUCUCCUGCGCUGGUUCAACUACCACUUGAAGAACGCCAAGUGGCACAGGACGGUCUCCAACUUCUCGACUGAUGUCAAGGACGGCGAGAACUACACUGUCCUCCUCAACCAGCUCGCACCCGAGACCUGCUCCCGCGCCCCGCUCCAGCAAUCCGACCUGCUCCAACGUGCCGAGCAAGUCCUCCAGAACGCAGACGCCCUCGGCUGCCGCAAGUUCUUGACCCCGACCUCCCUGGUCGCUGGAAACCCCAAGUUGAACCUCGCUUUUGUGGCUAACCUCUUCAACACGCACCCAGGCCUCGACCCCAUCACCGAGGAAGAAAAGGCCGACAUCGAGGACUUCGACGCCGAGGGCGAGCGCGAGGCCCGCGUCUUCACCCUGUGGCUCAACUCCCUCGACGUCCAGCCCGUCGUGCAAUCCUUCUUCGAGGACCUCAAAGACGGCACCGUCCUCCUCCAAGCGUACGACAAAGUCCUGCCCGGGUCCGUAAACUGGCGCCACGUCAACAAGCCGCGACCCGGCGCCAGCGAGCUCAUGCGCUUCAAGGCCCUCGAAAACACAAACUACGCCGUCGAGCUCGGCAAGGCCAACUCCUUCUCCCUCCCCGGCAUCCAAGGCGCCGACAUCACCGACGGCCAACGCACCCUCACCCUCGGCCUCGUCUGGCAGCUCAUGCGCAAGGACAUCGUGUCCACCCUCCGCGACCUCGCCCAGCGCCUCGGGAAACGCGAAAUCGCAGACGCCGACAUGAUCAAAUGGGCCAACGACACCUCCCGCCGCGGCACCGGCGGCGCCACGCAAAUCCGCUCCUUCAAGGACUCGUCCCUGUCCACGGGAAUCUUCCUCCUCGACGUCCUGUCCGGAAUGAAGUCCUCGUACGUCGACUACGACCUCGUUGCCCCCGGCCGCACCGACGAGGAGAGCUACCAGAACGCGAAGCUCGCCAUCUCGAUUGCCAGGAAGAUGGGCGCGACCAUCUGGCUCGUGCCUGAGGAUAUCGUCGCCGUGCAGAGUAGGCUGAUUACGACGUUCAUUGGCAGUUUGAUGGCGACGUCGGAGCGGAUGGGGAAGUCGUAAGGAAGUUUAUGGCGUAGCCGAGCGGAGCGUGUUAUUAGGCUUGGGGAUGAGGGGGUACGGAGGGGAGAUAGAAGCGGUGAAGCGUUUUUCCUUUGAAAGUACUGUUUGUUAAAGUGAUAGCAAGGAGGGGAGGGAUGAUUAAAAAAAAAGGGAUGGAAAUAUAUUAUUAUUACUGUUAGUGUUUGUGAUCAUGAUGAUGUUGUAGGAGUGAUGGUGAUGGUGUGUGAUUUUCAUACCAGCUAAGUCAAGUCAAACAUUGAAACAGUGACUCACCAAGGUCAAUGAGGAAACAAAAC